CGCGCUCCCCAGUCGACUCCUCGCUAACGGACAGUGAAGGUUACCUGCUUCAACAGUGCUUGAACGGCAACCGCUCAUCUGUCUCCCAACACCUCGACUCAGGACUUCUCCAUCCGAUCAACUCCUCCAUCCUCCGCAUCUCACCCGCAACUAAACAUCCGAUAUCCUCCUCCGAGAAAACACCGUCCCAAACGCCAUUGGCCCGACAGCUAGCCAAACAGUUUGUUGUGCUAACGACACGAGACGCUGAUUUUCGACCUCCACACAGGAAGAAGAAGGACAGACGCCAACACCGACGUUUGAACCAUGUCUUCCCAAGUGAGACAGAACUUCCAUUCGGACUGCGAGGCUGCAAUCAACAGGCAGAUCAACCUGGAGCUGUACGCCUCCUACGUCUACCUGUCUAUGGGUUACUUCUUUGACCGGGAUGACCAGGCAUUGCACAACUUUGCUAAGUUCUUCCGUGGUCAGUCGCACGAGGAGCGUGAGCAUGCUGAGAAGCUGAUGAAACUACAGAACCAGAGGGGGGGGCGGAUCUUCCUUCAAGAUAUCAGGAAACCAGAGAGGGAUGAGUGGGGCAGUGGGAUCGAGGCUCUUGAAUGUGCCCUGCAGCUGGAGAAGAGCGUGAACCAGUCACUGCUGGAGCUGCACAAGCUCUGCGCUGAUCACAACGACCCACAUAUGUGUGAUUUCAUCGAGACUCACUACCUGGACGAGCAGGUGAAGUCCAUCAAAGAGCUGGGAGACUGGGUGACCAACCUGCGUCGCAUGGGAGCCCCCAGCAAUGGCAUGGCCGAAUACUUGUUUGACAAACACACCAUGGGCAAAGAAAGCAGCUAGAUCCCUGCAUAGGUCCUUCAGACGCCUCUUUAUAUGUUUAUUUGUAUCAUGCGUCUAAGUAUUUUAAACUAAUCUUAACAUCUAAGAAACGCCUGAGUGCUAUUCCAUUCCUAUCGUCUCUCAUAUCCUGCUCUCUCUCGGUCAGCUGCGUUCUUGUGAUUACUAUGUAUUUGCUGAGUUUUAUGCCAAGAACUGUUGAAUAAACUGAGCCCUCUGGAUUCUGA